AUGGCCGACUCUAUUACCGACUCUGGAGUCGUGGACGAGUUCGCGCAGACACGUGGCGCUGAUGAUCUGUUCGAUGACGAGAUUAUCCCCGUUCCUGAAGAGCAACAGCAACAACCGCAUCCGGUAACUGAACCGUCCAAGGAGGUGCACGAUAAGCCAGAAAUCGACACGCCUGCAAUACGUGCAGAUUCUCCGAGACAUUCGCGUGCGAGUGAAAGAGGGAGGGGCCGCGGUAGAGGCAGAGGACGCGGAGGGAGGGGAUCGCAACAUUCUGGCCAGAGGCGCACGGAGAGUGAUGCGAAAAAUAGGCAAAUAGAAAGCGGUGCUGAAGAUGAAGGGAAGAACGCGAAGGAUACGCCACGUGGUAAAUCGGCUGAAGGAAAGGAAUCGCCGAACGAAGUGGGUAGUACUACGUCGAACGGGCCUGACACUCCACGAGUGCCGGCUGUUCGGGGAGAUAGGAGUGCCACCGGUGGUAUUAAGAAGCCGAAACUUACGGAGGAAGAACUAUCCCAGCGCAUGGCUGCGGCUAAGCUGAAUGCCGCCAAAGUCGCAGCGGCGCAUGCUCGCGCUGAAGCAGACCAGGCGUCCUUUCUUGAACGAGAGAAAAUUGCAGCGGAGAAAAGACGCAAGGAAUUUCAGAAUCGCCGUAUAAUGGAUAAUGAACGAGAGCGAAACCGACAACGGAAACUCGAUGCCUUGAAAGGGCGUGAGUGGGAUGUUGUCAAGCGAGAAGAGGAUUAUAAUCCUCGUGGGGGUGGGAGCCAAUUUCGAAGAGGCAUGCACGGGGGAGUCUCUGGAUAUGCGCGUCGUGACUACGAUGAUAGUCGCUCAAAUGAUGAAACAUCUCACAGCGACCAUAGCUAUCAUCGAGGCCGAGGCCGUGGAGGAAGAGGUGGGAGAGGACGUCGAGGGCUUCGUGGGUCACGGGAAGAUGCGUUACCCCCUAACGGCUCACCGAGGGAUCCUGCGACGUCCUCACCCAAACCCGCACAACCCAUCCCUGUUAUUACCAACGAGAGCGAGUUUCCAUCUUUACCAGGAGGUUCUAAGAAAGAAGAGAGUGCUGCUGCCCCGGCAGCAGAAACUGCGGAUUCCCCAUUGUCGCCAGCUACCGGUACAUGGGCAGAACAGGUUGAGGCGAGCCGGGAAUGA